AUGGGUCUGAACAGCGUUGGCACAGCGUCAAGGACAUCUCCUUUGUCACUCGGCCACACGCCCAGCCCGGGGGUGCCCGAGUUUGUGUCCGUGGGGUACGUGGACGGGAACCUCAUCUCACGCUACGACAGCGAGACCAGGAGGAUGGUGCCCCGGACGAGCUGGGUGGAGAAAAACCUGCAUCGAGAGUUCUGGGACAAGAACACCCGGAUUGCACAGGGCAGCCAGCAGAUCAACCGCAUGAGCCUGGACACAGUGCGGGGCCGCUACAACCAGAGCGGGAGUGGUCACACACGGCAGCGCAUGGUCGGUUAUGACAUCCAUGAGAAUGGGACGUUUAUCAAAGGGGUUUAUCAGACGGCCUUUGAUGGGCAGGACUUCAUGGCCUUGGACACAGACACGAUGACGCUCACCGCAGCGGAUGAAGCGGCGCAAAUCACCAAGAGGAAGUGGGAUGCGGACAGGACGGUCGCUGAGCACGUGAAGCACUACCUGGAGAACACCUGCGUGGAGUGGCUGAGGAAAUACGUGAGCUACGGGCGGGCCGUGCUGGAGAGGAAAGAGCCCCCCACGGUCCAAGUGUCGGGGAAGGAGGCCGACGGGUUCCUGACCUUGUACUGCCGCGCUUACGGCUUCUACCCGCGGCCCAUCGCCGUCAGCUGGCUGAAGGGCGGCGAGGUCAGGGACCAGGAGACCGAGCGGGGCAGCGUCGCGCCCAACAGCGACGGCACCUACUACACCUGGGCCUCCAUCGAGGCCCACCUGGAGGAGAAGGACGAGUACCGGUGCCGUGUGGAGCACGCCAGCCUGCCCGAGCCCAGGCUCUUCACGUGGGAGCCGGAGUCCAGCCAGGUGGACAUCUCUCUGUGGAUGGACAUUGCCGUCCUGGCUGUCUUGGUCAUCAUCACCAUGUUCACCAAAUAGGUCAUAUAGAAGAGU